AAAGUAUGAAGGCAUUUGUGGUGUGUGUUUGUGUGGUGGGUUGAGGACUUGUCUAGCGAUGCCUAAACCCAGUGACAUGUCUUUCACUCUUUCUCCCCAGAUGAAGGCCUCCUGCCUCUUCUCCUGCUUCUCCCUGCUGAGCUUCUGUGUCUGCUUCCCCCUGGGUGAGGGGCAGGCUUUAGGCCAGUUAGCCGCCAAGUGGAAGUGUUCGCCUGGAGACCUGAAGUCCCUCCUCAGAGUUGCCAGAGAACUGCAGGGCUUUGAGAAGGUGCGAGCUGGCAUCCACCUCCGCUUCGGGAGGGAGGGAGGAGGAGGUCCAGAAGAUGAGAAUGAAGCCACCAACUACCUGCUGAAGGAGGCAGGUGAGAAGAGGACUGUCACUUUGGGGAACCUUGCUGAGGAGCUGAACAGCUACAACCGGCAGAAGGGAGGCUUCAGCUUCCGCUUUGGGCGGCGGAGGCGGAGGACAGCAGCUCUCUUCUGA